AUGAUACUUUUUGAAAUUGAGGCACCGCCGCAAGAGUCGUGGAACGGGGAGUUGCUUGGCUACGCCUUGUGGUGGCGCGGAAGUAACGCUUCGCGCGCCCUCACCGUAGCGGGGUGGACGUCUACGCGCACGCGCCUCGGAGGUCUACGGCCGCACGCGCGCUACGAAGUGCGCAUCCGCUCUUUCAACUCCGUAGGCGCCGGGCCCCCGUCUGCCCCGCUGGCCGCUGCUACGCUGGAGGAUGUACCAGAAUCGCCGCCACAGUACGUACGCUGUGAACCUUUAUCGGCUCAGUCGUUGAGGGUCUGGUGGGAGCCACCACCCGUAGCGGAGCGCGGUGGAUUACUACUGGGCUAUGAAAUAACAUAUCAGGCAAGAUUGAUCAACAUUAUGUCUUUAUGGAAUCUCUUAUUAAUGCACAAAAAUCAAACUAUUGAGACUGAGGGACAAAAGUUCCCG